UGAGGAACUUUGGGUAAAUUGAGAGGCUGAACAUGGCGCAAGAAAACAAAUACACACUUUUAUAUUCAUAAUACGUCUUCAGUGCAUUAAACUACAAACCAGUCUAAAUAAACUACCACCCUUAACAACCAUAAGUUGUGAUAUUGCAGACAUGAUGGAUGUAUGGUAGACCUGUUAUGGAUCCAAACCAAUGGAGAAAUCAAGCAUAUAACUCUCUAGUUCAAGGAUUUCCCUCAUUAGAUCCAUACAUAUCUACUGAACAAACAGUUGGAGCCUUGUCACCUCAUCCUCAUUUAGCUGGGACUAGACCAGUACCAGGUCUUUCUGGUUCAUCGACAGGGUUUACAGGACCAUUUAAACCAACAGCAUUAUCUCCCUUGGAAUUUGAGGGAGUUCGUCAAAGAGAGCCUGUUAAUUUUGGGUUAGAUUUAUCACCUCCAAAAACUUCAUUUGCACAGGAGAGAAAUCAUAAUUGGAGACAGCCUAAUUUAGCUCAGACUUCACAUAGCUUAAUUGGAAGUUUACCAACUGAAUUGUCUCCCCUUGGUCAGCGCUUUUUACCACCACCAGCACAUUGUGGAGUUUCUAACUUGCAUCAAAGUUCUAUUCAGGAGAGUCCAACACAAAACAACCUUAUAAAUUCUCCACUUCCAUCUCCAUUUCAUUCUCAGUUUUCUGAAAGAUCUGAUACUUUUGAAAGAAAUUCACAUCUACAACAGGAACAAAGUGACAUUUCAAAUUCUAGGAGGGAACAGUUGUUAAGAUCAUCAGAAGGAAACUUUAAUUAUUCUUUACCUACUUCACAGCCAUAUAUAGAUAAUCACAAUGUAAAACAUGGUACACAAUUUGAACAAGUGAGAACAAGCAUUUCAUUACCUGACCAAAGGGGAGAUAAUUUCAAUCAAUAUUUUUCAACAGGAAGCCCCUACAGAAAUCCACAACAUUUGUCUUUUCCAAGUUCACUACACCAACAAAAUUUUGAUACUGAGCAAUCUCAGCAAAGAAUAGUUUCUACCAAUCAUCAACAAAAUAUCUACAACUCUCAAAGAAUAUCAGUCGCUGAGGAUAAUUCUGAGUCUUUUAUUAAUUCUAAUAGAGGCCCAGUGACAAUUCAAGCAGUAGCCGAUUCUACAACAAAACCAAAAAAGGGAAGAGGUCGGAAAAAGAAAGAAACUGUUAUAGAAGAAACAAAAUCUGCCAACGAGAAGAAAUUAGUUGACUCUUUUAUUCAGCAAGAACAACAAUUAAAGGCUUUCUCACAUACAGAAAGUCAAGAAAAUCUAUUUAAACAAAGUCAAUCAUUAAUGUCAGGUAAUAUUUAUGGACAGAAUUAUGGAAACAAUAACCAAAGCCUAGUUCCUUUCAGUAUGCAGAGCUCACAAAUUUCAAGUUCAAAACUUCCAGAUAUGUCUCAGGGUCAGCUAAUAUCUCAUUCCCAAAAUAUGAUGGGUGCUGGAUAUUCCCAAAGUCCCUCUAAACAUUCACAGGCACAUGGAAGUUAUGAUUUUGCUUCAAGUGGGACCAUGAUGGAAAAUUUAGGGCAGAGGAAUAUAAACAAUGAUACAUAUAGAAAUUCUUCUGUUCCAAAUGAAAACUUUAAUCCCCAAGUGAUGGCUUCAUCAAGAAAUAAUUUUAUGUCCUCAAACAAUCCGCAUGUAUUCAGUGAUGGAAAUGCUGCAAUUCAAAAUCCACAUGGACAAAAUAGGAUUAUGGAUAAUAAUCAGUAUUCCUAUGAUGGGGAUCCAAAUCAAUCUUCUUUUGUGGCUCAGUUAAAUUCAAGUGAAUUUGAUGCAUUAGAAAUGGACCAAGGAGUAUAUUCAGGAAAUGGUAACCUUUGUAAUUUAGACACAUUUAAUUCAUAUGGUCAAAAUUUGACUCAACAAAAUUAUUGUGCAAAUCCACAAAGUAAUCCAUCUUCUACUGUGGAUGAAGCAGCAUUAUCAAGUCUUAUUAGUGAUCAUCCACAUGUGGAGCCGCCAAAUCCACAUGGUAGACUCUUUGAAGGAUUUACAGAAGAUUAUUCACAAAAUAAACCAUUUAUAGCAGAACCUGCUUUGCCACCAACUGCUGUAUUAAACCCAGUAGAAGAGGAUGAUGAAUUUCGACAUUUAAAAAAACCACCUGUCAUUGAGAAAAUAACCAGUGAACAAACACAAUUACCAAAAAUUCAACUUCAGGGUCAAGCUAAAGCUGAACCUCCGCAGCCUCAAAAACCUGUUGAAAAACAACCACCUGCUAAAAGUAAUAAAAAUAAUGCAUUUAUGGACUCAUUUUUAAGUUUCAUUCAAGGUAAGAAACCAGAGACAUUAUCUAGUGUAAAUACUGCUGUAACCAAAAAACCCCAACUUCCUAAAUACAUCCCUGAACCAAAACGUCCACGUCAAACUUCAGUGGAAAAGAGUAGUGAUAGUGCUGCUAGCACACCUAAACCUGACACUGACAAUAAAUCUGAUACUAAUUCUCUAUCAAAUGGAGAUACAUCUAGUUCUAAAACAAAAAUGUCAGAUGAUGAUGAUGAAGCAAGUACUGGGUUAACUGGUACCGUAAAAAAUAUUGACACUGGUGAUAAAGACCAUCCUAGUCUAAAAAUGAGAAUUAAGUUACAAAAAACUCCUCCAAAACAGAAGAGAUCAAAGACAUCUGGACAGUCAAUAGUCAAACAUAAACGCUCCAGGAGUUACAGAGAAAGUGAUGAUGAACAUGGAAGGUCCUCAGGGGAAGAAUAUCAGGUUGACUCCUCACAAGAAGAAGAAGAGGAAGAAAGGGAGAGAACUCCUUCACCAGAAGUGCCAGCUAGAAGAACUUCUACAAGAAAAGCUAAAGUAUUAGCUCAACAGAAAAAAUAUAAAGACAGUGAAAGUGAGACUGAAGGAGACAAAGUUCCUGAGACCUAUGAUUCUGACUCAGAUCCAGCCUGGACACCAGUCGCAGACGAUAAAAAAGAGCCUGCAUUUGAUGGAGACUUAGGCAGUUCACAGAGAAAAGGUCGUUCAAGAAAUACAAAAAUCAAAAUGAAACUCAAACGGCCAUCAAAAGCAGCAAAAUCUAUCCCUGCUAAAUCACCAAGGGUGGAAAGAGUUGCAUAUCCCAGAGUUCCCAGUCCAGAAAUUGAGUCAUCAUCAGAAGAUACAGAGGAGGAUAAUGCAACAGCUUCACAAGCACUUGUGAUGGGUGCAUUUGUCAUUAAUAAAAAAGAUCUCAACAAUUUUGAAGGAUUUCCUAUCUGGAAAAUUGAAGCUGGUAAAAUGAUGAGAAAAUAUGAAUUGUAUGUUGAAAAAGGAGAAAUCCUUCAUAGAUCCUUAUCAACAUAUUCCAGCUGGCUACCAAACAUGGAGAAGAACUAUGUAUCUGUGAGAACUAAACAGAUCCCUCAUACUCGGGCCACCAUUAAAGAUAGUCAGUAUAUAGUACAGGUCUUAGAUGAGGAUAGGCCUAAACCAAAAUUAGAUUCAGGUAAAGAGACAGAGUAUGAGAAAGAUCCAUUAGCCGAAAUGUUUAAUGUCUUUAUGCAAGUAUUCCUAAGUCAGGCGAUGGAGCCAACAUUUCUGGAAGCAAUACAUGAAAGUGGCGAUGAUUUCUAUUUGAAACCAUUAAAGAAGAUUGAUCAUAUCAUAACUAAAAAGCUGCUAGAAAUUAACAGUAAAGUAAGAUGGAUGACAGAUUUUAAGAAAACUGCUGAGAAGAGACCUCACAUCAGAGAAGUUGACAAACCUCACCUCAAAACUCUGUGUCAGGCUACAGAGAAUGCCACACAGAAUGCCAUUAAGUCUGUGCACUUGUUUGGUCAACCUUAUGAUAGAAGGACUUUGAAAGAAAUUCCAGAUAAUACUUCUCAUCAAGGCAGUGUGGAAUACCUGUUAGGAAAAUCAGCAUCACAUUACAUAGGUGCCUACCAUAGUCUUCAUCAUUUCAAGUAUAACCUGUAUAAAAGGUGCUUAGCAAAGGUUGAUAUUGUGAGAGAAGGAAACACAAAUUUAGAUAAUUCUGAAAUCCUGGAUAAAUGUUUAAAUAAUAGAACAUGGGUGCUUAAGAUAUUUGAUGACUUAAAGAAUAUGUUAGAAAAAGGAUGAAGAAGAUUGAAGACAACAUUGGUACAAAGCAAUUAAUUCAUCAUAGUGUUGUGAGAGAUAGAGAUCUGAUGUUUAUAAGUCAUUAAGAGAAUAUUGAAUGCUUUAUGUAUGUCAGAAAUUAUAGGAUUAAAUAUAAAUGUGCUGUUAUAUUUUAAAAUAAAACCAAGACAAUAUUGUUAUUGAAAUGUUGAGAAUGGGCACAAAUCACUUAUUAAGUUGUACAAUUUAUUUAUUGUUAGAAAGAUGAUUUCAUAGUUUGUUAAAACUAACAAAGAUUUGAAAGGAUGCAAGUCCACUAUAUGAUAUAUUUUUGUUUGUUUCAAAAAUAGAAUAGUUAAGAUAUACUGUUGUACCACAUCUCCUUAUAUCUACUUUAAGAUCAAAAUAACCGAAACCACCAGUAAAUUAAACUACAAAAUAUUUUUGCACUUGAAAACUAAUGAUAUUAGUAAAUUUUGAUACACAAAUGAUGCACUAUGAUUUUAUGUUUGAUUUUUUUUAUUAAAAUGGAUAUAUUUUUUUACUGUUAUUGAAUUCUAAUUUGAUUUGAUUUCAAACAAAUAAGGUGAAAAAAUUGUUUUUGUUUUGAAAAUAAGAUGAGAGAUUUGGAAAAAAAUUAUCAAUUUUGUUGUUUUAUCAGUUUAAUUGUAAUGAUUGAUUAUUUUCAUUCCAUUCAAAUUGUUUACUAAUAUAUUGGGAACUACCCAAGGAUUUGAAUAAGUUAUGAAUUGCAAGAUUUUAAAUGCAAUUUUAUUAGAAAAAAACAGUUUCAGUGCCAACUUUAAGUAUUUUGUUAUGUCUCUUAUUUAAGAUACCUGCCUAUGAGAGGUGUAUAAGUGGGCAUUUCCUGUAGUCAGUGGUUUAAGCAGGUAGAUGCACUAAGAUUGGUUGUGCUUUGUAGCUUUAUUUUCAUUGAAACUAUGUCUUUUUUAGGGGGAAACGUGCCAUACACAUCUUUUACACUAAUUAAGAUGCAUUCAUACUUCAUUUUUCAAUUCAACUUCAUCAGAUUAUUUAUGAAACAGAAGUGUGUGAAUUAUUUAACCCUCAUUGUGUGUCAGAUAUGAUUGAAAGAAACAGCUAAAUGAUAUUUAAUUAUACCCCACGCAACGAGUUGCGGAGGGUAUAAUGUUUUUGACCCGUCCGUCCGUCCGUCAGUCUUGUUUCUUGUCAUCGCAACUCCUCUGAAACCACACAACAGAAUUUCACGAAACCUUUUCAGAUAAUAAGGACAUACUAUGUAAUUGUGCAUAUCGACGGGAAAUUGCGAUUAAAUUUUUUUCUAGGAGUUACACCCCUUUGAACUUAUGUACUUUAAUGUACUACUGCAACAGUUUGUCAUCGCAACUAUUCUGAAACCACAUAACAGAAUUUCACAAAACCUUUUCAGAUAAUAAGGACAUACUAUGUAGUUGUGCAUAUUGACGGGAAAUUGCAAUUCAAAUUUUUUUCUAGGAGUUACACCCCUUUGAACUUAUUUGCUUCAAUGUACUUCUGCAACAGUUUGUCAUCUCAACUCCUCUGAAACCACACAACAGAAUUUCAUGAAAUUUUGUAGAUAAUAAGGACAUACUAUUUAGAUGUGCAUAUUGGCAGGAAAUUAAUUUUUCUUAUACAA